ACUCAACCAUAGAGCCCAACAAAUAGCAGAAGCUCCAACCAGUAUCAGUUUACUCUUUUUCUUGUCAACCCCCAAAAGCCACCCAUCAAAUAUAUGAGAUAUACUAGUUGGAAGAUUAAAACCAAAAGAAAACUGAACUGCUCUCCAUAUAAAUUUUACAUAAUGACAAUCUAUGAAGAGAUGUUAAAUAGUUUCAUUUUUCAUACAAAAGCAACACCUUAAGCUAAUACCCACAGUUUUAUGCUCCUCUGUUUUGAAAACUGUGGAAUAUAUACGCAUAUAUACCAAAAAAAAAGAACAGAAUUUAUUUUUUUAGAUAACGAUGAAAUGGAACUUAUGCAACAAACAAACAACAUUCUUAUGAGAAAAGAUAACUUGGUCAAAUCAAUUGUCCCUUGGUAUAUAUACUGUACGGGCUCAUCACAAUACUCAUCACGGACACUGCAGUUACGGAGAUCAAUCAUUCGAGCCAUCGAUUCGAGUUGCGAACCUGCAAUGGCGGCGGCGACUGAUGCUGCAACCGGGGACGCGACGACGGCGACGACGACGGUGCUCGUCGGGGUGGACUACAGCGAGCACAGCUACCACGCGCUGGAGGAGGCGGCGCGGCUCGCCGCGGCGAGGUUCCCUCCCGGCUCCGCCGAGGUCGUCGCCGUCCACGCCCGGCGGCCGCUCGCCCCGGCGUUCGUCGCCAUCGCAGGCGCGGUGGCGGCGGUGAUGAGCGUGGAGGCGGCGGAGCAGCGUGCGGUGGAGAAGCUGAUCGGGGAGAAGGCAGGCCAACUCUCAGCCCAAUACAAGGUCGAGGUGAAGGUGGAGGUGAAGGACGGCGAGGCGAAGCGCGUGCUGUGCGACGCCGUCGGCGAGCACGGCGCCGGCUUGCUGGUGGUGGGCAGCCAUGGCUACGGCCCGGUGCUGAGGGCGCUGCUGGGGAGCGUCAGCGACCACUGCUGCCGCCACGCGAGCUGCCCCGUCAUGGUGGUCAAGAUGCCAUAGCGCCCCAGGCCUUGACAACUUUGCAUAUAUCCUCCUCGCCCAUAUGUAUAUGUCUGAUACUUUUAACUAAAUCAACUUUUGUACGUAGGAAGAAAAUGUAUCUUGUGUUUGAUUGAGAAGCUACAGAUUGAUUGAUUGAGAGACAGACUUGCAUAUCA